ACUGCAUCUAAUGUUAAUUAAAUUUAUUCAUAAUUUUUUUUUUCUUCAGUUAAAAUUUAUUAAAAGAAAAAAUAUAUAUUUAAAUUAUAUUUUUACUGUGUGUACAGUAGUGUACAGAAUGACUUGACACUUUGACAGAAUGACAGAUAGUUUGACAAUCGUUCGUCGCUGGUCUCUGUUGAUUUGAUCGUGAGUGACUUUCACAAAACAGAUUUAAAAUCUUCGUAAAUAUUAAAUAAUAUAAUAUGGCUGCAUCAGUUAUAAACACAUAUGCUGACCCUAGCAUGCCAGAAUGGUUGAGCGCACCCCAUAGCACCGGUACUUCUAUUAUGGCGUGUGAGUUCAACGGUGGUGUAGUGAUCGGCGCCGACUCCCGCACCACAACAGGCGCGUACAUCGCUAAUAGAGUCACCGACAAGCUGACUCGGAUCACUGACCACAUUUACUGCUGUCGGUCUGGCUCCGCAGCAGACACCCAAGCCAUGGCAGAUAUUGUUACAUACCAUUUGAAUUUUCAUAAAAUGGAGCUAGGAGAAGAGCCAUUAGUCCAAACUGCUGCAGCAAUAUUUCGUGAGCUGUGCUACAACUACCGUGACUCUCUGGUGGCUGGUAUAUUAGUUGCUGGUUGGGACAAAAAGAAAGGAGGUCAAAUUUAUUCAGUGCCCAUUGGUGGUAUGGUGCAGCGCCAGGCAGUGUCCAUUGGUGGUUCUGGCUCGUCCUAUGUGUAUGGCUAUGUCGACGCCAACUUCAAGCCCAACAUGAGCAAGGAGGAAGCUGUAAAGUUUGUUACAAAUACCCUCACAUUGGCCAUGCUUCGUGAUGGUUCAUCGGGUGGAGUAGUAAGGUUGGGAGUGAUCACGGAAAGUGGUGUCCAAAGAUCAGUGGUCCUGGGAGACCAACUUCCUAAGUUCUAUGAGGGAUGAAAGUGCUUUUUGUAAACCAUUUGUAAGGUAAUAAAUACAU